GAACAAAUAUGCACUUGCUCAAUAGUCUUACCUUGUAUUUUUGCCCAAAACCGUUUAGAAGAUUCUAUUACUUAGUGAGUAAUUUACCAAGACUUUAUGUAAAUAUGUGUGUGUUUCAACCUUUCUCUUAAUCCCGCAUAUACCAAGAGCUUAAUGCACCGAACUGCCUCUUUAUAAUAGAAUCCUCCAAAUAGCAAAACUAUUAAGUGUGGCGUAUGUAAGUGCAUUAUCCCUUUCUGAAUUUUUCAUCUCGUACCCUAUCUUAGCAUAAACGACCCAAUAGAAAUCCAAUCUUUUCAAAAGCUCUGACGUAAUUUGCUUUAGGUUUUUAGAAUUGAGUAUUUGUUUAAUUCCAUUCAAUAUUGAGCAUUAACAUCUCUAUAAAAUGGCUGUCCAGUAUUCCUUUUCCUGUCCCUUUCUCUAUUUCUUUCUUCUUCCAUGUAUAGUUCCUGCUGAAACUCUGUCAUUCUGAAGAAAAUUCUAAUAAAUCUUUAAUUAGCCUUCUCUCUGUUGAUGCAUAGCUGUAUGUGUCGCUUUGAUUGUUGAUGUUCAGGAUUAUGUCAACAGUAAUUAGUGAAGUUCUUCUUUCUGGUUUUACCAUUAACUCAACCCUUCAUCGCCGUACUCACUUGGUCCAAUCCUUCUCUGUUGUCUUCCUCUACUGGUUCUAUGUGUUUUCAUGAACAAAAGCUUCAUCUUCCUUCUUAUUAACUGAUUAAACUCCAUUCAGGACCAACACAUCGACUCUAAUUCAGCUGUUAUUAGUUUUUACAAAUUAUGAGUGUUAUCUUUUGCGUUAUGCUUUGGUAGGCAGGGGCAGCGCUAGGUGGACAUAAGAGGUUCUCGAAUUGUUUUAGGUCACAAGUUCAAAUUCCAAGUGUGCUAUUCUUUCAUUUUUUUUUUGAAUUUCUUGGUUAGAACAUAGAACUCCUCGUUCCACCAUCAUAGUAUAAAGUGCUUCUUUCUUUAGUGGACCUUACGCGGCCUGAAUUUAGGUUAGUUGGCUAGUGAAUUUCAAAUACCGAAUGAACCAUUGCUAUAAAGUUAUGGCUUCUUCAAAUGGAACAUCUUCAGGGUCCUUAAUCCAGCAUAGGAAGUGUGGUUCCGAAGAUGAUCAUCUCCGACAAGUAAUAAUAGAUGAAAGGAAACGCAAAAGAAUGAUAUCGAACAGGGAAUCGGCAAGAAGAUCAAGAAUGAAGAAACAUGAGUAUUUGGAUGAGCUAAUAGCUCGAGUGGAUCUCUUAAAGGAGGAAAACAAUCAAAUUGUGACCAACAUAAACAUGGUGAUUCAACUUUACUUGAAUGUGGAAGCAGAGAACUCUGUUCUCAAAGCUCAGAUAGCUGAGUUAAGCCACAGGCUGCAGUCUUUAAAGGAGAUCAACCGCAGGAGUUCAGCAAAUGGUGCAGCAAUAAUUCAGGGAACAGAGGAUUUGUGGAACUAUAAUAGAGAAACCAUGAGUAAUGUUAAUGAUGGAGACGAUUUCUUGAAAAUUUGGAAUUUUGCUCCAUGGGAAUCAGCCUAUCAUGGCUUGUGCUGACGACCUCAUGCAUUGAUGAUGGACAUAUCAUUUGGUUUUUCAAAAACGUUUGUUAAUUGUUAUGGCUCGGAAUAAAGGGGGAAAAAAGUAAAAAGAAAAUGAGGAUUGAUAAGUGAUUGAUCUCUUUUGUUAUUUAAGAUACUAGAAGUUCCAUUAUUGUGAGUAAAACACAACAAUUCUCUUUUUAUUGUAAAACAUAAUGACUCUUUUGGGAUGUCGAAUAUGUCUUCGUUUA